UCGUUGUUAAAUAUUUUCACGUUUUCGCCAUCAAAUUUAUCGCUAUUUAGUUUUAGAACGAUCAACAUUUUAUGACAAAAUAAAAUAUUAGGUAAUUUAUUAAAUUUGAUUUUUAAAAAAAGUUAAAAUGCCUAAACAUAGGAGGAAAGAUCGGCCACCUAGCUGUAGAAAUAAUAAUCAGGAGCAUGGGGCUGGUGGGGAUGAUAACGAUGACUAUCAAGAUGAUGCCAUGAGCGUCAUGAGUGUGAUUAGUAAUGCCUCUGACAACAGAGCAACAGAUGGUUCUGAUGAGUGUAAUGGGGCCCUGACAGCCCAGGAAAAUUAUGAGGAAAAAAUGAGCACUUGCAUUGAGGGCAUAUCUCAAAAAAAUUCUAAAGGCAGGAUAGAGUCAUUGAAAAGUUUGAAAUCAGGCCUAUGCAAGCAGUAUUCAUUCUCCUAUUUAUCAGACAGGUACGUAACAGUCAGCGAUGGGCUUGAGAAAUGUCUGAAACGAGGUUGUGUCGAGGAGCAAUUAGUUGCUGCUGACUGCAUUUGUGUGCUGUUCAUCCAGAUUGCUUGCUCGCCUGCUAAAGAUGAGUUGCUGAAAUCCGUUUCUCCAAUUCUAAAAGUUCUCAUCAAUGAUAAUGCCGUGUCUCUUCAAACUAGGUGUUCUUGUGCUGAAGCUCUUGGUCUGUGUGUGUUCCUUGCUGUAGAAGAGCCAGAAGACAUAUACGAGACGAUGGGUCUGUUCGAGCAACACUUCAAACUGUCUUUCAAGUCUAUGAAUAACAAUAACGCUCAGCAGCAAUUAGCACAUCCCUGUUCCCAACUUCACAACAGUUGUCUGGGGGCCUGGGCUCUACUAUUCACGUUACUCUCUGAUAAAUUCGUUUUGUCUUAUGCUCAGAAGUUCAUAAUUCUGGUGAGCAGUAUGUUGAGCAGUGAGAGCAUGGAGUUGAGAAUCACGGCCGGCGAAACCAUAGCACUUAUGUUUGAAGCUGGUAGAGAUGUUUCUGAGGAUUUUGAUGACUGUUUUGAGGCGAACAAACUCGAAGAACUAUGCAAGAAAUUGAAGGAGCUAUCCACUGAGUGUAACAAAUACAGAGCAAAGAAAGAUAAAAAGGUGCAAAAAGCUUCCUUUAGAGAUAUUUUGAAAGCUGUACAAGAUGGCGAAUUUGGCUCCAGUGAAAUCAAAAUUAACAUUCAAGAGAGUCUCUACCUAGAGUCCUGGGUUCAAAAGACACAUUACGAUCAACUCUGUAGAGUCCUCACAUCAGGGAUGAAUGCCCAUUUACAAGAAAACCCAUUAAUUCGAGAUAUAUUCUCACUCGGGGAGCCAAUCAAUUUUGAUCAGCAUAACAAUCAAAGAAACUCUAAACUUGAUAAGGUUGUGUAUAAGGCUGCUUACAAAGAGAGGACUAAAUACAGAUCAAAACAGAGGAGUAAGAAAUCAAUGAAUUGCUAUGGUGGGGACUGAGUCCUAAACAACCAAUCAACUUAACUUACGUUUUUAUUUUGUUCACGAAAGUUUCAUCUUUUAUCACCUAGCUCUACUGUAAUCACGUUUUUUAUUACUUUUGAUAUCAUAAUUAUGAUUAAUGAUUAUGAUUAAUAAUAUAAUUAAACUUAAAUACAUUUAAUGCCUUAACGUGUGUUAUACAUAUUUAUUUAUUUAAUGUUUUAACAGCGUAUUCAAAUGAUCCCAUGUAUUGAUUUAUCUUGUUUGAACUAGUUCUCGUUAGUAAAUAUUCUGGUUUGGUUUUUAAAAAUUAAUAAAAAAAA